GUUAGUUCACGUUCCUACUCUGAAACAUGUCUAAAUUAUUAGUAUUUGGUUUGACCCAAACAAGCCCAUUGCAGCUUAGAAACAUUUUCAGCUACCUAGUCAAAGCUAGGGGUAUUACCUAUUCACUGGGUACGCUCCACAAACAUCACACUAACUUCUCUGCAGAGUUGGAAAAGACCAUCAAUUCAGAAGUAAAUUUUAAGAAGAUCAGUCACCUUGAAAAGUAUGUUCGACAGCAUAGUAAAUGGUAUCGAGAAAAUGACUGCAUCAAUCGGCAUUACUUCAACUAUUUGUUGCUGGAUCCUCGAGUUACGAAUAAACUGAGGGAACGAGCGAGUCAUCUUCAUCUCAUGGAUGUUUGGUAUACCUUCUUGAAAGCCAUUUUCUAUGUGGGAAAAGGCAAGGCAUCCCGUCCUUAUGUUCAUUUAAAAAAAGCUCAAAAAUUGCUGAACGAAACCAACAGCAUUACGUUAGUCAAAGACCCCAAAUUAGCCUUAAUAGUGUCCAUCUGGAGGGCAAAACGUGGGGUCUUACUAAUACGCGCUUUUCAAGGAAUUUCGUCACAAGAUGCGCAAACUCGUGAGGCAUCCAUUCUCGAUGCUCUAAGUAUGAAUCACCUGACCAACCGGCGAUUGGGUGCUUACUGGGGUUUAGCUCGAAGCCGUUUAUCGAGUAAGGAGCGAAAGUAUCUGGGGAUAGCUUUGCUUCAUAAAUUAAUGCUGAAAUUCCUAGCAACCGAAGAGAAAGAACUAUUUCCCCUAAAGAGCACGAAAACCCAUGAAUUCCAAGCUGCAAUGGCAGCUUAA